CCCGCGCUGGGGUCUGGGGGCACUGCUCAGCGGUGCUGGGCUGGCGCGGCUUGAGCCGCCGCCGCACUGACAGCUCGGUCUGCGGACCAUGGAGACUGGCGCUGGUCCACACCCGCUGCGCCUGUUAGUCUGCCUGAUGCCGCUCUGUCUCGCGCUGCUUUUGGGACCCGGGCGGCCCGGGACUGCCGAGGAAGUCGUCCUCCUGGAUUCCAAAGCCUCCCAGGCUGAACUGGGCUGGACUUCACUGCCAAGUAAUGGGUGGGAGGAAAUCAGCGGCGUGGACGAACAUGACCGUCCCAUUCGCACAUACCAAGUGUGCAACGUGCUGGAGCCCAACCAGGACAACUGGUUGCAGACUGGUUGGAUCAGCCGAGGUCGAGGGCAGCGCAUCUUCGUGGAGCUGCAGUUCACACUGCGCGACUGCAGCAGUAUCCCUGGCGCCUCAGGCACUUGCAAGGAGACCUUCAAUGUCUACUACCUGGAAACCGAGGCAGACCUGGGCCGCGGGCGUCCCCGCUUAGGAGGUAACCGACCCCGCAAGAUUGACACGAUCGCAGCGGACGAGAGCUUCACGCAGGGCGACCUGGGCGAGCGCAAGAUGAAGCUGAACACAGAGGGUCAGAGUGAACAGACUUACUCCACAGUGAAGACAGGGACGCCUGCGGUCACUGUCACCAACCUGAAGCCGGCUACCCGCUACGUCUUCCAGAUCCGGGCAGCUUCCCCGGGGCCCUCCUGGGAGGCCCAGAGCUUCAACCCGAGUAUUGAGGUGCAAACCCCAGGGGAGGCUGCCUCAGGCUCCAGGGACCAGAGUCCUGCAGUCGUCGUCACCGUCGUAACCAUCUCAGCCCUCCUCGUCCUGGGCUCCGUGAUGAGUGUACUGGCCAUUUGGAGGAGGCCCUGCAGCUAUGGCAAAGGAGGUGGUGAUGCCCGCGAUGAAGAGGAGCUGUAUUUCCACUUCAAAGUCCCGACACGGCGCACGUUCCUGGACCCUCAGAGCUGUGGGGACCCGCUGCAGGCUGUGCAUCUGUUUGCCAAGGAAUUGGACGCGAAAAGUGUCACACUGGAGAGGAGCCUGGGAGCAGGGCGGUUCGGGGACUUGUGCUGUGGCUGCCUGCAGUUGCCUGGGCGCCAGGAGCUGCCCGUGGCCGUGCACACGCUGAGGGAUGGCUGCUCCGACUCUCAGAGGCUCAGCUUCCUGGCUGAGGCCCUAACUCUGGGCCAAUUUGACCACAGCCACAUCGUGCGGCUGGAGGGCGUGGUCACCCGAGGAAGCCCCUUGAUGAUUGUCACUGAGUACAUGAGCCAUGGGGCCCUGGAUGGCUUCCUCAGGCAGCAUGAGGGGCAGCUGGUGGCCGGACAGCUGAUGGGGUUGCUGCCUGGGCUGGCAUCAGCCAUGAAGUAUCUGUCGGAGAUGGGCUAUGUUCACCGGGGCCUGGCGGCCCGCCGUGUGCUGGUCAGCAGUGGCCUCCUUUGUAAGAUCUCUGGCUUUGGGCGGGGUCCCCGGGACCGAGCAGAGGCUGUCUAUACCACCAUGAGUGGCCGGAGCCCAGCGCUCUGGGCAGCCCCCGAGACUCUUCAGUUUGGUCACUUCAGCUCUGCCAGUGACGUGUGGAGCUUUGGUGUCGUCAUGUGGGAGGUGAUGGCCUUUGGGGAGCGGCCCUACUGGGACAUGUCUGGCCAGGAUGUGAUCAAGGCCGUGGAGGAUGGCUUCCGGCUGCCACCCCCCAGGAACUGUCCCCCCCCCCUGCACCGACUGAUGCUUGACUGCUGGCAGAAAGACCCAGGCGAGAGGCCCAGGUUCUCGCAGAUCCACGGCAUCCUGAGCAAGAUGGUGCAGGACCCAGAACCCUCCACGUGUGCCACUGCUGCCUGUCCCAGGCCUCCCACCCCACUGGCAGACCGUGCCUUCUCCACCUUCCCCUCUUUUGGCUCUGUGGGUGCCUGGCUGGAGGCCCUGGACCUGAGCCGCUACAAGGACAGCUUCACUGCAGCAGGCUACGGGACACUGGAGGCUGCAGCUGAAAUGACCAACCAGGACCUGGUGAGCCUGGGCAUUUCCUCGGCGGAGCAUCGAGAGGCCCUCCUGAGUGGGAUCAGCGCCCUGCGGGCUCGAGUGCUGCAGCUGCAGGGCCAGGGGGUGCAGGUGUGAGUGGCCCUGACCCUUCCAAGGCAGAACCCCAGGGGCCUGACCCCCAGCCCUGCCCAAGGACCCUGGCAAACUGCGCUCUAGCCGUGUGGGACUGAGCACCCUCUUCUCCUCUUGGGCCCAGAGCUGGUUUGGGGCCAUAGUGUACCCCAUUUCACUGCCUGCUUCUCCCACUUUCCCCUCUGAACACUUCACUGACCUGGUACCCAUGGAAAAGAGGUUCAAAUGCCCAGGGUGAGGGGGAGACCCCUGAGACAGUAGCAGGUGGAAAUUCAGGUCUCAGGGCAGACAGGGCAUGAUGGGGAGGGAGACAGUAGAUUUCAAUUGCCCUGGUCCAUGCCCCUCUGUCUUCUAUACCCACUGGAUAUUGGGGCCUCCCUGGGUGUCCCCUCUUCCCUUAGACCCAUUGUCAGUCAAGACAGCGUGGGUCCUGACUCAUGACCCACAGUCAAGGGCACCCAUUCAACCCAGCAGCGACCUCAGCUGCUUGGCAGCCUGGGUAUGGGAGGCUGGGCUGCAGGGGCAGGGUCCGUAGCUCCCUGUGCUGUGUGUGGGUCUCUCUGGACACUAGUCCUAAGACCCAGGCAGGCAAAAGUGGUGCUGAGCACAGGGGUUGGACCCUAAAGCCCCAGACUCAGAGCUGACUGCUUCCUUACCCUUAGGCUGACAGGGUGAGGGAGAGGGUCCGGGCUGGGCCACAUAAGCUCUGGUACUCUCGGGAGGGGCCCCACGAGGCCCCUGUUUGCAUUCUUUUCAUGAACUGGCUUGGAAGAGCAUAAGGGAACAUGUCUUCUCCAUGGCGCCCUGGGGGCUCAUGAGGAAUCUUAGAAAUGUGUUUUCCUCUCUAGCCACUGGCCCACCCCCUACAGAGAGGGAAAGCCAAGUCUGUGGGACUCAGGGCUGGAGCUGGGGCAGAACCCAGUUGAGGGGGAGCCUGGCAUGGAGUUCUGAGACUUGCUUGCCGUGUGGCACCAACAUGCCCCUCUGGGGCAGCCCAGUGGAUACUCUGGACCCCUUCCAGCCAUCUCUGUCCCUAGUCACCACCUAGUGUCCCAGGGCACUUGUGUCCUCCCUCUGGCUUCCACAGAACUCUGGCAGUAGUUUUUGGAACUGAGUCAGAGGUUCUCAUCAGAAGGGCCCCCAGCGGCGGUGGUGAUCAAUGGGGAGCAGGGUAUAGACAGGGCUGCAGGCCGAGUCUGUCCAUGUUCCCUCUGACAGAUGCCUGUUCUGGUCCGGCCAAGUGGGAGGGGCAGGGUGGCUGGGAAGGAGGAAGGAGGGUGGGAGAGGUAAAGGCAGCAGCCUGCUGCUAGAGGGCUCUGGCUCUGUGGAGAUGAGCUCAGAUGGCAAGGAUAAGACAAAGCACCCCCAGUGCCCAGCCCAGGGGCCCUCAGGGGCAGUGAAGGUGGGUGAGAGGGGCAGGUGGACACUCUUGACUUGUACUUAUUGAGGGGUGUCCAGAGAGCCUUCUUAGCUGAAGCCCAAUGAGGUAGGUGGGGUUUCCAGCAGGCCCAGGGGCAGGCCUAGGACAGGAAGCCGAGCAGAGGAGCCAGAGGUUGGAGAUGCAGCGCAUCUUUGGGGAGCACCCUGUGUGGAGGAGGUGGCCCCAGCAGUGCCUUUGGCUUCACCCUGCCAGCAGCGACUCCUCCCUCCUCAGAGUCUCCCCGACUCUUGGCUCCCGCUCCCCUGAGCACCUGCCCCACCUUGGUGACUUUGGGGCUCCUGGGACUGACUGAGAUAUUGCUCUACCUUUAACAGGGUUGGGGGUCCCUUGCCAGGUGCCCUCCUGUCUUUGCCUUCACCGUCCCCUCCAGGAAAGCCUGGACCAGAGUCUAGGGUUCAAGGAGACCACACCCUGUCUUGGGUAGAUGGAACCUCAUUCCUAUUUCUAACCUUGUCUGUCAUGCUCUUAAGGUCAAAACCCUCCCCUCCCCCAGCCAUUGGCCGAGGGGCUCCUGCUGUGUUGGUAGGACUUCGGUGUCCAGGGUAGAUCUCCCCUCUGCUGCGGAGUGGGAUCCCAGAAUCCUGAUGACCCCGGCCUCACCCUGCUCAGGUGCUGGUGUGAUGCAGGCUGGAGUCUUGGGGAGCCCUCUAUAAAAUCUAUUUUUAUAUGGAAUUUGGUCACUGGACAAAGGGAGGUAGCCUGAACCCCCAUCACCCCUAUCUGAGCCCACCCAGGGAGGGAGGGGGCUGGGGAGGUGGAUCCUUUGACUAAUUCCGGAGACGUUUUUAUAUUUCUUGGGUUCUAAAUGCAGGACAAAUAAAUACAAACUGUCUGUGCUCUGGCA